CAGUUACUCAUUUCACAGUGGACACGCCCGCUCUUGUGUCAGAACAAGAGCUGAAGAGGUGUAAUCACACAAGAGAGACUCUCCACCUCUCUGCACGAUCUGAGAAAGAGGAACUUGACUCUGCUGUCUAGCACACCUCGCGUAUUAAACUCCAAAAGCCAAGAUGCCUGAAACAGCAGAAGCCGUGUCAGCCACUCUCACUACCAACAGGAACUGCACCAUAGAAAUAACCAACAUCAGCGCAAGCUACUGCCUCAUCAACCCCAAGGUGUAUUUGACAAGUGGCUUCUGUCAGCACCCACCCCAGCCUACCAUUCGUACCACCAAGACCGAAGUCUGCUCCUUCACCAAGGACGACCACACGGUCACAGGAGCCGUCGGCCUGCUGACCUAUGACCUGUUCCACAUGCAGAAACACACUUGCUCUGAGCGCAUGGCCAUCAUGUUCUCUGUGCCCUUCGACCACAACCUGUACAAGAACCGACUGGCUGUGGGUGUGGUUGAGCAUUCCCGUGCCUGCGAUGAAAAUCUGUACAACCAGAUGUAUGACGGGAAAGACCUCAGUAACUUUACCCGCUCUGAGACAAGUGGCUGUGGGCUGGAGUAUAAAGCCACUUAUGUUGAUUUGAGGGCUACGAUGUCUAGUAUUGGCAAAGCCAUUGUUAAAGUGGAGAUCUAUGAUAAAAUGGGUCGUUAGUGCAGAAAAGUCUACUGGUGUUCUGCCUCUUUGUACUUUGUUGCCUUUGUACCUCAAAGAAUAAAUAAACUUAAUUUGAUCUGACUGUUUUGCAUGUUGUCAUCAGAGAAACAUCCAGAGGAGAGGAAGAGUGAUUUUGCUGUCAUCUGUAUUUUGUGUCUGCUGAAAGAUAUCAAUAUCUGACUGCCAGCCUCAUUGAUUCUACAUUAGCUUAUUUCUUGAGCUUAUGUGUAUUCUGCACUCCUUUUAUCUUUGAUUAUGCUAAUAAAAUCAUCAGACCCAG